GUCAAAAGGUGUGCUAUGGUGACCUCAAGCAUUCUUGUUACAAGUUAGCGUAUUUCCAGGACUUGUCUAGGCGUGUGGGCUUUCAGGAGGCCCGCCAAGCCUGUGAAAUUGAUGGUGGAGCUUUACUAAGCCUGGAAAGUGAAGCUGAGCAGCAACUAAUAGAAAACAUGUUGCAAAACCUCACUAAGUCAGGCUCUGGGAUUUCUGAUGGUGAUUUCUGGAUUGGGUUGUGGAGAAGUGGUGAUGGACUAGCUACCUCGAGUGCUUGCCCGGACCUCUACCAGUGGGCUGAUGGAAGUAUUUCACCAUUCAGAAAUUGGUAUACGGAUGAGCCUUCCUGUGGAAGUGAAGCCUGUGUUGUGAUGUAUCAUCAGCCAACUGCAAACCCUGGUCUGGGAGGGGCAUACCUUUAUCAAUGGAAUGAUGACAGAUGCAACAUGAAGCACAAUUUUAUCUGCAAGUAUGGCCCAGAUAAUGUCUUAGAAAAAGAAUUAGGAGACAGAACGGAGCCAGAUUACGGUAUUUUUCCAGCAGUGCCAGCAGGAAAUCCUUAUGACACAAGCAAACCAGAAGAUCAGUAUCAUGUUAUUGCUACUGAAACGGGUAUAAUUCCAAAUCUAAUUUAUGUCGUAAUACCCACUAUACCACUGCUGCUGUUGAUACUGGUGGCUUUUGGGACUUGCUGUUUCCAGAUGCUUCAUAAAAGUAAAGGAAGAACAAAAACCAGUCCAAACCAGUCCACACUAUGGAUUUCAAAGACGCCUAGGAAGGACAGUAGCAUGGAGGUAUAAUGAUUUACUGACUGAAAACAAAGCAAAAAUUACAUUUUUGCAGUCAGACUGUAUUAUAAUGUCGUCAAAGAACAUUGGCUUGGAAUGGCUUGAAAAUACAAAGGAUCUACAAGAAUGAACUGUAAGCUCCCCCUUGAGGCAAAUGUUCAGAUCAUUUUUAUAUAAUGUUUGAUUAUUAAUUCAGUAAAAAACUAUGCCAUGCUAAAUAAAGGGUAUGUGUUUAUUUUGCUAAGAGAUGUAAGUUAGCUAGUUGUGAGCAAUGAAAUGAACAGAGCAUUUGAGGUUUUUACGGAGAAAUAUCUACAAUGUAUAUCAGUUUUAAGAUUGUUUGUACUUAAACCUUCUUUGUUUCCUUUAGUUUCUCAUGCAUUGUAAUGUAGUUGAUGUACUGUAAAUGGAACUGACAAUUUUACAGUGUAACAAUUAUUUAUCUUUGCAUAAAUGUUUGAUAC